AAAGCAAUUUCGAAGGGCGGGAAAGGGAUAUUCACAGAGAGACUGAGAGCGAGAGAGAGAGAGAGAGAAGAGUGGUAGCAAAAUGGAAGAAAGCGAAGUGGAAAAUGCGAUGGAAAUCGUUAAUACUUCUUCAGAGACCCUAGACCUUCAAGCAAUUCACAGGCGAGUGGGAGAGCUGGAAGAUAUGGAAAGGAAUUGUAAGGAAGAUGUUUGCGAAUUAUGCCCUUCGGACGCUGAGAAAUUACUCACAGAUUGUAUUCUCCAUUUCCAGAAAUGGGAUUUAUUUGCAGAAUAGAGUUCAGGAAUUAGUCUCGGAGUGCUCGGAUGUUGAUUUCUCUUCGGAUAGCGACUUGGAUGCAUGCCUUCAACGCUUGAGUGAGGAGCUCAAUUCUGUGGAGGCUGAAAGCGCCAACAUGUCCAAUGAAAUCGAAGUUCUUACAAGAGCAUAUGUUGAAGAUUUUAAUCGACUGGGGGUUGAUCUUGAAGGACUGAAAUGUUCCUUGGACUUUACUGCAUCGCAGGAUCUGGAGAAAAGAAAAGUGGAUGCAAUUAAUGAUUGUCCCACAAAUGGUGAAGGUCAAUUGGAUGUGAUGAAUGUCUACGGAGACCAAGCAUUGCAGUGUACCAUGCAGCAACUGGAGCUUGAAAAUGAGAUUGAGAACAAAAAAAUAAUCUUGAAGACUUUGGAAGAUCUAGAUCAUAUAUGUAAAUGGUCUGAUGCUAUAGAGCAAAUAGAAGAUAUAUUUACAGGUCUAAAGGUCAUUGCAUUGGAUGAAAACUGUAUUAGGUUAUCAUUGCAGACAUACCUUCCAAAGUUACAAGGCUUUAUAUCCCAACAAAAAGUUGAAGGUGUCAAUGAGCCAUAUGAAUUAAAUCAUGAGUUGCUAAUUGAAGUUCUAGAGGGGAGUAUGGAUAUGAAGAAUGUUGAGAUAUUUCCAAAUGAUGUAUGUAUUGAUGACAUUCUUGAUGCUGCAAAACAUUUCAGUAAGUCUUCAUUGCAGUGGUUUGUGACAAAAGUUCAAGAUAGAAUUAUUCUAUGCACAAUGAGGCGACUUUUGGUGAAGAGUGCAAAUAAAUCAAGACACUCCUUGGAGUACUUGGACAGAGAUGAGAUGAUAGUAGCUCAUAUGGCUGGAGGAAUUGACGCUUACAUAAAGGUCUCUCAAGGUUGGCCAGUAUCAAGUUUUCCAUUGAAUCUAACAUCUCUUAAGAGCUCAGAUCAGCAUUCUAAGGGAGUUUCUUUAAGUUUCCUAUGCAAAGUUAAGGAAGGGGCAAAUUCCUUGGCAUUACACAUUCGGCAGAAUCUGUCAAGCUUUGUGGAUGCUGUUGAAAAAAUACUAGUCGACCAGAUGAGCUCAGAACUGAAUUCUGAUAGUAAUACCAUUCAGUGAUGUUAAAUACCUUUCAGGUUUAGUGUAGUCUUUAAUUUGAGUGCUGUCACUAGCUAAAAGUGUUUAGCAUUUUCUGCAACGGUAGACUAAAUUCUUAUGAGAUGUCUCAAGAUUGGAAUGAAUCUGGUCCGAUCUCUUGUGGCAAUAAAAAUCAGUCACUUCAAACA